CCGACCUACACCAACAAAUGUCAAGAGAAACAUCUGACGAAAACAAGAGCGAUUCUUUCAACGAAAAUAAAAUACGAGAUUCCGCACGUGACCAAGGUGAAUCGUUGACCUCAAAAAUAGCGGUAUGACGAGACUCACAACAGUUGACCGAGAAGUGGGUGGUGUAAUUUGGUAAUGUUACACUUUUUUUAUGCAAUCUCAUGUGACUGAAGCAUCGUAUAAAAUACUGGACGGACGGAACUGAAGCAAGAGUCGCAUUCGUUGAAUCUUGACAUCGACAUGGCUUUCAAAUUUUUAGUAUUCGCCACUUUCUUGGCCUAUGCCCAAGCGGGCAACAUUAUUGGCGCCCCAUUGGCUGCUCCAGUAGCAGUAGCUAGGGCCGAACCCUACGAUCCUAAUCCACAGUACCAAUUCGGCUACAACGUCCAAGACUCUUUGACUGGAGACUCCAAGAGCCAAGUGGAAACCCGCAACGGAGAUUUCGUUCAAGGUCAGUACUCCUUGACCGAUCCAGAUGGCACCAGACGCACCGUUGACUACACAGCUGAUGCGAUCAACGGAUUCAACGCCGUAGUCCGCAAGGAACCAUUGGUGGCUAAAGCUGUGGUUGCUGCCCCAGCUGUAGCUGCAGUUCGCGCUGCUCCAGUUAUUGCCCAACCUGCCAUCUCAGCUCCCUUGAUCCGAUCUGCUCCUUUCUUGACCCAACCCGCAUACACCUCCACCUUGGUUCGUUCCGCACCGCUUCUUGCCCAGCCUGCCCUUGCAAGAACCUCAUUCUUACCUGCAACUUCUUUCUUCCGCUCUGCACCCAUCUACGCACAAUCUGCACCAGUUUUUGCACACUCAGCUUAUGCUGCCCCAGCUUUUCUUCACUAAGUGAA